UGCUUACAGGGCUGAGCUGCCACCGAGGCUGCACCGUCCACCCUGACAGUCUGCUCACAAAAUGGAACGGGAAACCCUGGGAAGCGUUGUCCUGCUCGCCAUCGUCACCUUGAUAAGUGUUGUCCAGAAUGCUUUUUUUGCUAGCAAAGUGGAGCAUGAAAGCAAACACUGCAACGGCAAGGGGUUCCAGCGGCCGGGCCACUCCGCCUUCGACCGUGUCUACACUGCCAACCAGAACUGCGGACAUGCGUACCCUACGUUUCUGGCUGUGCUUUGGUGCGCUGGCCUUCUCUGCAGCCAAGUUCCUGCUGCCUUUGCUGGCCUGAUGUACCUGUUUGUGAGGCAGAAGUACUUUGUGGGCUACCUCGGGGAAAGGACUCAGAGCACGCCCGGUUACUUGUUUGGAAAGCGCAUCAUCUUCUUCCUGUUCCUCAUGUCCCUGGCUGGAAUACUCAACUACUAUCUCAUCUUCUUUUUUGGAAGUGACUUUGAAACAUACAUAAAAACGAUAACCAACGCGAUCUCUCCGUUGCUGCUCAUCCCCUAGCUCCCUGCAACACUGAUGGGGUCAGCGUGCUUAAUAUAUCAAUACCCAGAAACAACCAUAAUUCAACUGUUUAAGAAAUGAACCCGUAACCCUUUUAGAUUCCUGUAAAUCUCAUGCUUGAUGGGCUUUGUAGUUUGAUUUA